CCCUUGAAUCGUUUUUGUGUGUUGUAAAAAAACUCAAAUUAAAUCCAGAUUUCAAGAUGCAUAAUCAAACCCUGUACAUAGAGCGCCUACUUCAUCCGAUUUACAUUCGAAACAUUUUCACGCGUUUCGGGCUUUAUCGUAUGUUUAACAUGGGACUGUUGAACCGUCCAAAUACAGAAAAUACAGGAUUUUUUGUACGCGCGUGCGUCCAAAUACAGAAAAUACAGGAUUUUUGUACGCACGUGCAUCCAAAUUCCGUAAUAUAUUGUACGGUCACGUGUUGCAAAUGAACGAUUGGAUAGAUAAAAUAGGUAUAGAAUAAAGUUUAAAUAUAAUAUGAUUUAAAGGAUAAUUAAUGUGCAGUUGUACUGUUGUUAUAAUCACAUUGCAAUUAUGCUGUUACUUUUAUUGUAGAAUGAGAAUAUGGGAAAUGGUCCUCAACCAAGGAAGAGAAUGAUACAGUUGUUGUCAUGAAUCCUUCCUCAAGUCUUGGUCUCAUAAGUGUUGAAAUGUUCAACCAAGAUGAACACCUUAGAUCCAGAGGUUUAACUAGGCAAAAUAUGGACAAGGAUGGUAACUGCCUGUUCAGGGCUAUAAGUUUUGGUCUGUAUCAUACUCAGGACAUGUAUGCAGAAUUACGGUCUCAAGCCAUUGGUUAUAUACGUGAUCAUUACGAUGCUUUUAGGGACUUCUUUAUCCCUAGUUCUGGUCAAUCCCCAUCUGAUUUCAUGCAAGACGAACUGCAUCGUCUUGAACAGGAUGGUGUUUAUGCAGGUUAUGAAUGUAUUGCUGCUUUGGGUCAACUCUUUAAUAUUCAUUUUGAAGUAUUUCUUGGUGGGCACCCUGAAAAUCCAAGAGUCACUUCCAUUCAUUUCGGACAAUCUGGUCAACAUAGUAUUUUCCUCAUUUACUCAUCAUUAGGAGGUGGUCACUAUGAUGCUGGUAUUGAAAUCGAAAGAUCUGUAUCUAAUCCUGGUAACAAUAUACCCCAGCCUGAAUCUUUGGUUACACCCAAUAACAUUGAUAUUGACUAUGCAAGUUCUGUCGAUCAAUUGGUGGCUGAAGUUCCUUUUGUGGAACAUGAACAUCUAGAUGUAAACUCGUCUAUUUCAGCUACUGCACAUGUUAAGGAGGUAGGUUACCUUGUUUCAAGGGUAAAUUCAAAUUAGUUGAACCGCAGCAUUUUUUUGUAUUUCGUGUAAUAUGAUGUUUUAACUGCUACAAUCUCAAUUUCGUUUGUCUUUGUCCCUUCAAGUUCAUUUUUUAUCCAGGUUUAAAGAACAUGACUCUCCAAAGGUAUUUCGUAUUGAAAGAAGAAGAAAAUACGGAUAUUUAACACUUUUCAGUGUAUUUUAGUUUCACUGAUAUCCGUAGAAGUCUGAAUAAUUGAUACUUUUACUAGUAUGCACGUUAGCUUUCUAAUAUAAGCUUAAAAUGUAUAUGUCGCGGGGCUCGUGUUUCCAUGGUAACGCAUUUUCUCUCAUUUUUAAACAACUAUGUAUAAAAAUAGGGGUUUUCGACGGCUUCAGUGCCAUUCUGUUAAUGACCAACAUGGAAUAUUUGGGUAAUAUUAUUAGCAAAAUAUCAAGCACUUUACAUGGUACCCUAUUUUUCUUAAAGUUUAAAGUAACCAUGGCAACAGAGAUGUUUAAAAUAGCUUAUUUCUUGCUUUUUAUCGUAAUUUCUUAUAAAAAAUAUUGAAUAAGAUUAUCUUUCUGGUUGAUGUAGCUUUAAAACAUAUUAUUUCUAAUGUAAGUUAUAUUUUCGUGUUAUUUGCAUUUAUUCAAGCGAAUUUCACAGCUUAGAAUACUUACAGCAGUACCCCUUGUCUGGCAUUUUUCAUGGAAAAAUCGUUCAGCAUGCUGCUAUUAUUCUCAUGGAUAUUGUUGAAAUGAAAAUAAAAAGCCGAAGUUGUGUUUCUUAAACAGACCAGUGUCAGCGCUAUUGAAUUUCACAUUUAGAUACAUAGGUCACGGGCUUCGUUUCCAUGGUAACAUCAAUUCAAUUCAAGAAACCAUAAUUUUCUACUGAAAUUUGAACAAUUUUAGAUCUUAGUUUUAGUAUAUAAGUAACAAAUUAUCAACGGAACCUGAAAAAUAGGCAUUACAAAUCAAACUGCUAGAUUUUAUAUUUGAAAAUGGCCGUAACAAGUAACCUUUCACCCAGCUAUAUUCCAAAAAACAUUGGUUACCAUCAUCCAUUUUCUUACAUUCCGCAUAACAUUUUAAUUUAACUACAUAAAAGCAGCAAAAUAUUGAUUAUUAUUCAGAACAAAAGACUCGUAAAAAAUAUUUCAGCAAAUAAUGGUUAUUUGAAAAUAGUUAAAAUAAAGAAAAUGCACAGAAUUACGCACUUUUAAGAUAAAAGCUAUUAAAUUUGCGCGGUAACUGACACGUAACGUCAUGACGUCAAUGACGUCAUUUUAAGGCAACAUUGUUUUGAAGCGUUUCUGCGGCAUUUUAUUCAUUAUUUCUGCAUUAUUAAACCAUAAAGCAUCAGAUCGAAGACAGGUUCAUGAUUUGUUUUCAGAAGAAUGAAUAUACAAACACAUUUAGUUUGUCGUAAACGUCGUCGUAAAUCGUCACGUUAGCUUCCGGUUGGACAUGCGCACACACA